AUUCUACAUGCCGACACUUCGUCGAGGACAUGAGCCAGCUACUUACUCGGCUUCGCGGCAGUACAGAUCCGGCCGACACUUCGUCGUCAAGCUCUCGCCAUUUGCAACUCCUUGCUCCGCCGACCUCGACGCAAACUACAACUUCUCGCUUGCGCCUGUCCAGGAUCUGCUCUCGCCAUGGACAGGGAAGCCAAGAAAGAAGCGUUCAGGAAGUAUCUUGAAUCCAGUGGCGUGCUCGAUACCCUCACGAAAGCUCUUGUGGCGCUGUACGAGGAGAACGAUAAGCCUUCAUCUGCAGUCGAAUUUGUUCAGCAGAAGCUGGGUGGCCCGUCAAUCUCUGACUAUGAAAAGCUCAAGGCAGAGAAGCUGGACUUGCAAUUGAAGUAUGAUAAGCUUUUAGAGACCCACAAGGAAACAUGCAGACAGCUGGAGGAACUUAAGAAUAUGAAGUACGGUGCACCCUGGAACUGAAAUAACGUGUGUUGACAUUGUAAAUGUAUCAUGAAGCAUGUACUUUUUACACCUCUCUGAAGCAUUGCUAAGCUCUUUAUACAAUGGAAACAUCUCUCAUGUAUCUGAUUUUAGCCAUCUGGAUCCCUUUUGGAUUAUGAAGACACCCAACUCACUGUAGGUCCCAGGUAUCAGAUAUCACCAAUGCAGGAUAAAGGAUGUGACAACUAUCAUAGUUGAACCAUGAGCAAUUGUUUAACCAGUAAUACAGUAUCGACAAAGAGUGUGGUCUAUUGACUUGAGACUUCUCUUGGCAUGGCUUGUAAGCAGAUUUUAGUAGAUUUCAGUGGAAGAGAUAUGGCGUGCA